GAUUAGGCACUGAUUGCAGUGGCAGAACAGUCAAAAUGGGUGGAAGUUCAUCGAGCCCGGUCCAGACUGGACAGGUGGAGAGGUCAGACGGUGGAUGUUUCUCCUGGUGGCCAUGUGGUAGUCCGUCCAUAAGAAAUGAGGAGGAUGUGGAAAAGUGUGAAAAGACACCACUGAGGUCGUCCAGUCGCCAAAAAGAGAAGCAAGAGAAGCAUGAGUUUAAUGAAAGCUUUGCUCUGGAAGUGCCACAACAAGCAUACAGCAUAGAGAGCGUGGAAGAGCUGAGACACGAGAAUCAACAGCUCAGCUCCGCCCUCGAACAGAAGGACAAAGAACUCUGGAAGACCAGAAAGAGGUUGAAUGAUCUGAGUCAUGAGAACAAACAGCUGAGAUUGGUCCUGGAUCAGAGAGAGGAAGAGCAUCGACAGAGCUCCGCUCUGCAGCAACAAGCACCAAGCCCAGAGAGGCCAGAAGAGCUGAGCCUAAAGAAUCAGCAGCUCAGCCUCAAACUAGAACAAAAGCACAAAGAGCUCAGAGAGAUUCUUCAGAGGAUGGACCACAUGGAGGAAACCCACAGAUCUGUCCUGGAGCACAAAGAGGCGGAGCACAGAGAGAAGAUUCAUGUCCUGGAAAAAGACCAAGAGGAACGACUGAGAUUUGCUGAGCUGAAGGAGAAAGAUCUCACUGAAAGACUGAAUCAACUGAACCUGGAGAAGCAGCAGCUGAGGAAAUGUGAGAGGUCCAGCUGCCAGCGCUGUGAGCACCAAGCCCAGGAACACAGGCAGCAAAUGUGUGAGAUGGAGAAGUUUUACAAAGACAAGCUGACUGUGGCCAGGUCUGCUCUGAAGGAGAAGGACGAGCAGUUCAGCUCCUUCAAAGACAGAGUGGCAGAGAACAUGGUGCUCUCCUUAAAAACAGACAACACAGAGAACAUGAACAGUCCAGUGAAUCAGAGCCGCCUCACAGAGAUGUACCAGCAGCUCCGAGUCUGCACGUGGCCACAUAUACAGUUCCCACGUUCAGACCGCGAGGCCAGGACACUGGUCCAGGAGAUGUUUGCAGCAGCAGCUGAGCACAUGAAGAGACCCUUAGAGACAGUAGAGAAAGUGUGUGGAGUAAAGGCCUCUUCUCCAAAGGUGGAGAAGUUCAGACAGACGGCUCUGGAGAAUCUACAGCUGGCUCUGUACCACAGCAGCAAACAGGACGUCUUUCAGGUGGUGUUUCCACACUUUGAUGGAGGAGCUGCAGAGGUGGAGCUGGCCUCUGAGUGUUACUGGUUGGGCUGUCUGAUGGCACUGCACAUUCCUCCUCUUCAUCCUCACUGGGACAGGGCUGAUGAAGAGCGCAGGACCGUCUUUCCCAGGGACAUUAGGUCACAGGCUUUAAAUCUAAAAGAAAAAAAAAAAUUAUUUGAACCUGGAACCAAAGAAUAA